AUGCGGGCGCUGGCGGCGGUGCUGGCGCUGGCGGCGGCGGCCGGCGGGUGCCUGCUCUGCGAGCCGGGGGCGGCGCGGGCCCUGGGCGCCCUGGCCGGGCCCUACCUGGAGCGGGCGCUGCCGCGGCAGCCCGAGCUGCGGGCCCGCGUGGCCGCCCUGCUGCGCCGCGGCCUGCGCGGCCUCGCCACCCUGCCCCGGCACCCCGACACCUUCAUGGGCGUCAUCGACGAGAACACGCUGCUCGAAGCCUCCACCCACUUCCGCCGGACCGUGGGACGCGUCAUGGAGCAAAACUACCAAGACGAGCGGGUCUUCAACGAGCUCUACUGGGCGCUGCAGGAGGUCAAGGACCACUUCGAGCAGCUCAUGCGGCGCUUCCAGAGCGAAGUGUUUUGCCCCAAUAGCUGUGGGCGCAUGGAGCAGGUCUGGAUCGACUGCUGGUCCUGCAACGCCUCCCUCUACUCCUGCACCCGGGGGUUGCUCUGCGGCGAGCGGCGGCUCUCGGUGGCGGAGGACGAGGAGCUGAUCCUGGACUGCAGCCUGGGCUGGCACCGGGCCGCCCACGGCACCAAGACCUAUGUCUUCUACCGGGCGGCGCCGCCGGGGGAGCAGCGGCUCGUGGCCGGCCCGGACCCCUUCCUGGUGCGGAAGCAGGUGACGGGCAACGACUCGGGCCGCUACCGCUGCGAGAUGCGCAACCCGCGCGGCGAGCUCUGCUCCGAGCUCCGCUUCGCCGUCACAGCCACGCCCACAUGA